AUGCAGCAGCCUCAGGAGGGUGAGGGUACGAGUUUGUGGCAGUGCAGCAGCUGCAGCAAGCAGUGUGAAGAACCAGUGGAGACAUAUCUUGUUAACCUAACCCUGACCGACACCAGUGGUUCUCUCAGAGCUUCACUUAUAGCAGAGAGAGCUGAAAUCCUUAUGGGGGCUAUCAAGGCAGCGCAGCUGCGGCAGAUGCAGCUGCAGCAAACCCUAGACCCUCAAGGCCGCAGCUUCAACGAUGUAUUCACUGACGCAUCUCUCACCGAAUGGUUCUUGAAGCUGCGGGCUGCGUCUGAGACGUAUAUGGAUGAAAGCCGCAUUAAGUUUAGGGUGAUAGCAGCAGAGCCGCUGCAGCAGCGGCUGAAGGAAGCAACAGCAGAGUCGCUGCAGCUGGUUGAGCGCCUGCUGCAGACUCUACUGCUGCUGCACCAGCAGCACGUGCAGCCGCAGCAUCACCUGCAGAAGCAGCACCAGCAGCAGCAGCAGCAGCAGGAUGUGCAGCGUUUGCUGUAG